CGUCUGCGCCCAGGAUCUCGCUCUGCCAUGGGCACUGCAAGCUCCUCUCCGCUCGCUCGCCUCGGACUCCCCACACCGCUCCUGCCGGCGCAGUCCCGAUCGAAGUGGCUCGGGGUCGCCGCCCUUGGCCUGGCCGCGGUGGCACUGGGGGCCGUGGCCUGGCGCCACGCGCGUCCCAGGCGGCGCCGGCGGCUGCAGCAGGUGGGCACCGUUGCACAGUUGUGGAUCUACCCGGUCAAGUCCUGCAAAGGGGUGGCGGUGAAUGCGGCGGAAUGCACGCUCAUGGGGCUGCGCAGCGGCCACCUGCGGGACAGGUUCUGGCUGGUGAUUAAGGAGGAUGGACACACGAUUACCGCCCGGCAGGAGCCUCGCCUUGUGCUGGUCUCCAUCACCUAUGAGAAAAACUGCCUGAUCUUCAAUGCUCCAGGCAUGGAGCAGCUCGUGUUACCCAGCAAGCCGCCUUCCAUGAACACCCUCCAUGACUGCAGAAUAUUUGGUAUGGACAUCCAAGGCAGAGACUGUGGCGAUGAGGUGGCUCAGUGGUUCACCAGCUUCCUGAAAAGUGAACCAUACAGGUUGGUCCAGUUUGAUACGAAAAUGAAAGGAAGAGCAUCAAAGAACCUCUUCCCUGUGCCUGUACCGAAAUACCAGGUGGCCUAUCCAGACUGCUGCCCACUCAUGAUCCUCUCGGAAGCCUCCCUAGCAGAUUUGAAUACCAGGCUGGAGAAGAAAAUCAAAAUGGAGCAAUUCAGGCCAAACAUCGUGGUGAAAGGCUGUGAAGCUUUUGAGGAGGACACCUGGGAUGAACUCUUAAUCGGAGGAGUAGAAAUGAGAAAGGUGUUGGCUUGCCCCAGGUGCAUCAUGACCACAGUGGACCCAGAUACAGGAGUCAUUGACAGGAAGGAGCCCCUGGAAACCCUGAAGAGCUACCGUCUGUGUGAGCCCUCUGAGCAUCACCUAUACAAGACAUCCCCACUUUUUGGAAUGUAUUAUUCCGUGGAAAAAAUAGGAAACCUACAAGUAGGGGACCCCGUGUAUCGGAUGGUGUAGUAACAUCUUCUCUGGAUACUUGGCAUAAGGUUUCAGCCCCAGGAAGCAACGAGGAGGAUUUGAACAGCAGCAAUACUUGGGCAAGUCUUUGUUAACCUGACUUGGACCAUCUUCUUCCUGGAAACGAAUCUUGAUUUAUGACUUUUCAGAGUUUGGUAUGCUUAGAGUUAAUGUAAAGGAAGCAUCAAGUCUGUUUGGGGUACAUAAAGAGAUAUAAAUUUUCUGGAAUAAAGGCUUAUAAAAUAAAUGACAUUGUUGAUAAAGUGAUGUUGAGUUUUACGAUAGCCACUAUGCUUUUCUCACCCCUAACUUUUGUGUUUAUGAACAAAGAAAGAUUGAGGAACCAGUCAAAAAGUAGCUGAAUUUUUUUUCAAAUGCCAACAUUUGAUUAGGUAUUAUUCUGUUUGAGGAGAAAUGGAAAACAGUAAGUCGCUUUCCUCAUGUGCCUUACUUGUUAACAUUCCUGUAAGUGUCUAUUAACUGGUUUCACAUGGCUAUUCUGCCCCAUAGACCUUUCACACCUGUGUUUUUGGCCCUAUACCAGUGUGUUAUGAGGGCAGCACUUCGGUAUAGAAAUCAUUUUAGACCUUGCCCUUGGAUUUGGUUCUACUGUAUGAAAGUAAUUUGUUUGUGUUUAACUGCCAGAUAUAUCCCCUUGGAAUUCCAAGUCUGAUCAAGAAGAAAACAGUUUUUAAAAGAAUAACAUUUUAAGAGUUAAAGUGGGGCGGGGGAAGAAGGCACAAAUAUUUUUAGGUGCAAAUAAUUUUUGUAACAAAAUAAAUAUUUUACUAUGAUGAGCAAAAUUUCUCACUGAACUGCUAUAUAAGUGAAUGAACCCACUUGUAAUUCUUUGUGGUUUCUGCAUUAAUAAAGUGAGUCUCAGU